UUUUAAUACGUGGGAAUAUAUUUGCUUCAAAUUUUGUUAUUACAUCAACAAUGGCGCUUUACCUUCCAACUUUCACCAUUGCAGCUGCUUCAAUCUUGAAUUAUUCAAUUCAACACAAACCCGAAACCUCUCUUAAGCUUCACUUGUCAAAACCCAUCUCAAGAAAUCACUUGUCAGUUCCUCACAGCUCAACACAGACUCAAAAACACGUGUAUCCUGAACCAAUCCCUGAAUUUGCUGUUGCUGAGACUAAGAAGUUCAGGGUGGAGCUCUUGAAGAAACUGUCCAAGGAAAAGGAGAUUCGUGGAGACGAACUUGAUGAUGUUAUUACUGUUUGUGCUGAGAUUUUUAAUGAAUUCUUGCACAAUGAAUAUGGAGGACCUGGGACACUACUUGUGGAGCCUUUUACUGAUAUGAUGGUAGCUCUCAAAGAAAGGAAACUUUCAGGAGCGGCAUCGGCUGCACGAGCAUCACUAUUAUGGGCUCAAAAUUACGUUGAUCAAGAUUGGGAGACUUGGAACUCAAAACACCUAAGAUAACGAAGUUAUCGUGUACGUGUGUUGGUAAAAAAUAACAGGUAUCUGGUGGAAUAGUCGAGGUCGUUUGCAAAAAAAAAAAAGCAAUGCGAGAAUUCCGGAGAA